CCGGGCAGGCAGGCGUCAGCAUGGCGUCAGUGCGAUCGGAUCGCAGGCGAGAAGAGAAGUAAAGGCGUUAGCGAGCAGGAGAGAAGCGGCUCCGGUCGUGGAUCUGAGAUUGGGAACGGGACCGCCGAGUCCAAGUUCGCCGCUGCGGUCCCCCUGCCUCGAAGCCCGCCCGCGCCGUCCGCGCCCGCGUCGUCCGAGUGCAACGCGCGCAAAGUCUCGACAGCCCGUGUCCUUCUCCCCCUUCGCUCCGGUGGUGGCACUCUCGUCCACGACGCCGCCCGCCCCAGCGGCGACCGCGAGGACACCAACCACGACCGCCUGCCCCUCUGAGGUCACCGCCCCCCUGGCUCCCGGGUCACCUUCUUCCUGGAGACGCCACCGGCUGCCCCGCAACUGGCCAGCAUGACGGUGGGGCUCUUGUGCGCGCAGCAGCCCCGGCCCGCGGGGCUCGAGCGGCACCCCCGCGGCACCCCGCUGUCCUGACGCACGCUGCCCCGCGGGGCCUGAGCGGCGCCCGCCGAGGAUGGACGCGGACGCGACGGAGGACGCGGCCUGGGAGGCGCUGCUGGGGGCGGCGGGCGGCGGGCCCGGGGCCAGCGUGGCCUCCGGCCUCGGCCACCACCAUCACCAACAUCACCACCACAACGGGCACCACGGCCACCACGGGCUGGCGCACGGCCUCCUCGGCUCCACGGCGCCGCCAAGCGUCGUGGACUCCACCAAGAGCGCCGCCUCCACGGGCGUCUUCGGCCACCUGCACCGGCACCUGCAGCCGCUGGCGGGGCUGUCCUUCUCCACCAAGGGCGACCACCAGGGGCUGCCGCUGUUCAGGUGAGUGUUCAGGCCCCGGCG